GCGGGAACAAGAGCAGGUGUCAUGGCGGCGGCGGCGCGAUGUGGAGGCCGGGCGGCCCUGCUGAGCUGCCUGGUCCUCCUGGGCUGCGGGGCCCCGGCUCUGGGCAACUCCAGGCGGCCUGGGGACCCGUUGGAACAUGAGGUCACGGGAGUGUCUGUGCCCCUCGAGCACUCGUUCGAAUUUGGUGACAUUGUUCACUUCAAAAAGAGGGGACAGCUGCAGUGGAAACCGGGCCGGGAGAACUCCAUCUCACUGUCUCAAGACCACUUUACGGAGGAGGAGAGAAAUAAACUGCGGGACUUGGCAAGCACGGACGGCUUGUACCGGAUACGCAUCCCGAGAAAAUUUGGGAAUGAGGGCUUCACUUCGGAUUACGUCUCCUCCUUCGUUCGAGUGUGUUCCCUGGUGGAGUCCCACCUCUCUGACGUGAUCGCGGUAAACACCGACGUGUCUGGCAGUGUGAUUGGCGUCUCCAUUGUCACCAUCCCGGGGGCCUGCAGCGGGGCUGAGGUAGAGGACGUGGACCUGGAACUGUUCAACACCACUGUGCAGCUGAUGCUGCCAGUGACAGCUCCAGCGCCCGAGACAGCAGCGUUUAUUGAGCGUCUGGAACAUGAGCAGGCGCAGAAAGCCAAGAACCCCCAAGAGCAGAAGUCUUUCAUCGCAAAAUAUUGGAUGUAUAUCGUUCCCAUCGUGAUCUUCCUGAUGAUGUCGGGGGCACAAGACCCGAAUGGGCAAGGAGGGGGAGGCGGAGGCGGGUCGGGCGGUGGUGGGAGAUAACGUGUGUGUGUGGUGUGUGUGUGUGUGGUGCGUGUCGUGCGUGUGUGUGCGUGCGUGUAUGUUUAGGUGUAACUGAUGGAAAAACAUCCUUUCCCCUCUCCCUCCCCAUUGCAUGUGGGGAGGAAAAGGAAGAUGGCCGUGUUUUGGUAAACAGCAACACUCCUCGAUGUAAACGGCGAAAUUGGAUGAGUCCCCAAGACCGAGUGACUUGGAUGUUUGAUGAACAGUGAAUCCGAGUGAUCCGGAGAGACGGAGAGAUGGAGAGAGAGAGAGCGAUGGACGUCCUCCGGGGUUUUCUGUAAGAUGUCCGUCUGCAGUAACUCGGGCCACCCACCAGUUGGCGCCAGCGAGCCGCCGCUCAAUACGGACCAGGAGUCACCCGAGGGGGAAGGCAGUGAUUUGCGGGUGACUCACACCCUCCAGCCGCUGGGAGGCACGGCAGACAAACACCUCCGCUCUGCGGCGAGUGGCCCCUCCAG